AUGUUCUCAAGGGCCAUCCGCCAGUCGAGCCGCCGGGUCGCUGCAAUCUCUGCCACGAGCAGGAUUGCUUCGACUCGCGCUCCCGCCUUCACCAACGCCACCCGAUUCUACGCCUCCGAUGCUAAGGCCACCCCCACCGAGGUUUCCUCCAUUCUGGAGCAGAGGAUCCGCGGCGUCCAGGAGGAGACCAGCCUCUCCGAGACUGGACGUGUGCUUUCCGUUGGGGUCAGUGACGGUAUUGCCCGUGUCCACGGCAUGAACAAUGUCCAGGCUGAGGAGCUUGUCGAGUUCGCCUCCGGUGUCAAGGGCAUGUGCAUGAACUUGGAAGCCGGCCAGGUCGGUGUUGUGCUUUUCGGUUCUGACCGUUUGGUCAAGGAGGGCGAGACUGUCAAGCGUACCGGUCAGAUUGUCGACGUUCCCGUCGGCGAGGCUCUUCUCGGACGUGUCGUUGACGCUCUCGGUAACCCCAUUGACGGAAAGGGUCCCCUCAAGACCACCGAGCGCCGCCGUGCUCAGCUCAAGGCCCCCGGUAUUCUGCCCCGCCGCUCCGUCAACCAGCCUGUCCAGACUGGUCUCAAGUCUGUCGACGCCAUGGUUCCCAUUGGACGUGGUCAGCGUGAGUUGAUCAUUGGUGACCGUCAAACCGGAAAGACUGCCGUCGCUCUUGAUGCCAUGCUUAACCAGAACAGGUGGAACAAGGGUACCGACGAGACCAAGAAGCUUUACUGCAUCUACGUUGCCGUUGGUCAGAAGCGAUCCACCGUUGCCCAGCUCGUCAAGACUCUUGAGGAGAACGAUGCCAUGAGGUACACUAUUGUAGUCGCCGCAACGGCCUCAGAAGCUGCGCCUCUCCAAUAUCUGGCACCAUUCACUGGAUGCUCUAUGGGAGAAUGGUUCCGCGACAACGGCAAGCAUGCUCUCAUCAUCUACGACGAUCUCACCAAGCAGGCUGUCGCCUACCGCCAGAUGUCCCUGCUGCUCCGUCGUCCUCCUGGUCGUGAGGCUUACCCUGGUGACGUCUUCUACCUCCACUCUCGUCUCCUCGAGCGUGCUGCCAAGAUGAACGACAAGCUCGGUGGUGGCUCUCUUACUGCCCUGCCGCUGAUCGAGACACAAGUCGAAGCUCCCUUUUCCAGUGUUGAAUGCAGAAGACUAACAAUUGAGCAGGGUGGCGAUGUUUCUGCGUACAUUCCGACGAACGUUAUCUCGAUUACGGACGGACAGAUAUUCCUGGAAGCAGAACUUUUCUACAAGGGCAUCCGUCCCGCCAUUAACGUCGGUCUGUCUGUCUCCCGUGUCGGUUCCGCUGCCCAGGUCAAGGCCAUGAAGCAGGUCGCCGGUUCGCUGAAGCUCUUCUUGGCUCAGUACCGUGAGGUCGCUGCGUUCGCACAGUUCGGUUCCGACUUGGAUGCCGCCACCAAGCAGACUCUCAGCCGUGGUGAGCGUCUGACGGAGCUCCUCAAGCAGAAGCAGUACUCCCCCAUGGCCGUCAACGAGAUGGUUCCCCUCAUCUACGCCGGUAUCAACGGUCUCCUGGACAGCGUGCCAACCAACAAGAUCCUCCAGUGGGAAACUGACUUCCUGGCCCACCUCCGAUCAAACGAGUCCGACAUGCUCGCCCAGAUUGACCGGGAAGGUGCUCUCAGCAAGGAGCUCGAGGCCAAGCUGAAGGACGUCGCCACCAGCUUCACCAAGAGCUUCGUCGCAUAG